UUUAGGUAGAUAAUAUUAAAAUGUCUUUGAUUCCGCUUUAUGCAGUUCUCUGGGAACCCUAGUUUUCGUUUAUUAGCGAUAGCGUUCGCGAUUGUGAUAAACCCAUAAACCUUUAGUUUUGAUCUGAGAGUUUUGAUGUGGGCGUUUUUAAUCUUCUCUUUUACCUAUUAAAAUGUUGCGCAAAAAAUUAAAAUUGAAUGACAAGUCUGAAGCAGAACAAUCACAAGAAUUUACGCUCCGUUCGUUCAAUGUGAAAUCGAAACCGAAACUGCAUUCCUCGAAUUCUGAAGAAAGCAAACAAUUAUUGUCAAGUCCAGCAACAGAAUCAGCAGUGCUUCAUCAACCACUAUGGAAAAGGGUCUAUCAAUUAGAAUUGCAGCUGUGUGAAGCUUUGAAGCAAGUAACAUUAGGAGACGUUGCUGUUACAUACAAUCCAAUCGAAUAUGCAGCGGAGCUGCACAUAGCUUAUUUGCAAAAGUUUUUAGAUGGUCCCAAACCGGUGCUGUUUCUUGGUAUGAACCCAGGACCUUGGGGAAUGUGUCAAACCGGGGUCCCUUUCGGAUACAUUCCUGCCGUUCGUGACUGGAUGCAGCUACGCGGACAAGUUUCAAAACCCAACCCUGAGCUAGAAUCUCGUCCAGUCGACGGUUUAAACUGUACCCGUGCUGAACAAAGUGGUAAACGUUGGUGGGAUCUGUUUCAAAGCCUCUGCGGAGAGCCGGAAGUUUUUUUCCGAAACUGUUUUGUAUUUAACAUUUGUCCAUUGGCAUUCUUCCAUACCACCGGUCGAAAUAUUACACCUGCUGAUUUGAAGGGAACGUCGAAAACUCGUUUGCAGGAGAUUUGCACAACAUAUCUUAAAGAAGCCCUCGAACUUCUACAACCAGCAAUUAUUGUUUCAGUAGGGCGCUACACCGAAGAUCGCGUGAAAGCGUUGGUUAAGCAAAAGCUUUUGGAUCCAAAUUCCGUUCAAUUAAAGUGCAUUCCUCAUCCAAGUCCAAGAAGCGUGAACAAUACUAACUGGACCGAAAAGGCCAGUCUAUGGCUAACAGGAAAUGGUAUAAUGCCUUAUCUAAAAGCAUAA